AUGGCUAUUAUACUGUCAUGUUUUCAUAUAGUAUUAAGUCCAUUAAUCUUUGUAAUUCAAUUAUUAUUAAGAAUAUUUUGGUCUGGAUUAAAUGAAAGGUCAAUUAUAGGUUUAGUAUUAAAUUUUUGGAUUAAUUUCUCUCCAGUAUUCAUAUGGUUAUUAAUAUUCAAAAAUGCUGGAUUAAUUCCGAAAAAGAUAAGGCCACGAAUUUUUGUUAAAUUUGCCUAUAGAACAGAGAAUCUCUUGUUCAAUUUAAUAGAGCACCCCAUUAUCAACGCUUUAUUCGUUUUCGUGUUAACUGCUGGAUCAUAUUUAUUAUAUUCCAAGAUUUAUAGAUCAAUAGGGACAAUCAAUGUACCUCUGCAAUCAUCAGUCACUUAUCAAAUCAUUGCUGAAGACGAAAUAGAAAGUCCUUCAUACGAAUUAGAACCAAUCAGUGGGAGUGAUUCAACCAAAUCACUAUCGCUCACCCCUUCUUUCUCAUCAGGUGAUACAUCUCUAGAAUUAAGUCAAUUUAAUUAUGAUCAAAAUAUUUCAACUGAAACAUUGCAUGGUAGAUCAGAAGAUGAGGAAGAACAGGUUUCUCAAUUCAUGGAUCUUAUUUAUUUUAAGCACAGAAAGUAUACACCAAAUAAUACUAAAUUGCAACUUAUCAUCAAUACAAGAAAAAAUUUGCAAUCUUCCAAUCCCUAUCGUCCCUUAAAUUGUUGGUAUUUAUCAUCUCCAGCAAUACUUGCAUCAAGUUGGUUUCUUCUUAAUCUUGCUUAUGCUUUCAGAGAACCAAUUAAAACUUAUAAGGAUAUUAUUGCAUGGUUCUUAUAUGUAAUUUGUCAUUUCUGUGCUCCAUUAUUCACAGCUAUUUGGUUAUACGUUUUUCAUGCUCCAGGAUCACUUAAAUUAUUCUCCAUUGGUUUGGGAGUACAAAACAUUUGCGGUGUAAUGACCCAUCUUUUAUUUCCAAAUGCUCCACCUUGGUUCAUCCAUCUUUAUGGUGAAAACAAAGAAGCCAAUUAUGAUAUGCCUGGUUAUGCAGCUGGUUUAACUAGAGUUGAUGUAGCCAUGGGUACUCAUUUGCAUUCCAAGGGUUUUCAUAUAUCACCAAUUGUAUUUGGUGCAUUACCAUCGGUGCAUUCAGCCAUGGCUGUCAUGGUAUUCUUCUUUCUCAGUUACUAUUCCCGUUGGUACUCUAUCAAGAUUAUAGGUUUAUGUUUUGUAAUUUUACAAUGGUGGGCUACUAUAUACUUAGACCAUCAUUGGAGAUUAGACUUGAUUGUGGGAAUGGCAUAUAGUAUAAUAGUAUUUACUAUCUUACUACGUUGGAUAAAGAGAUAUGAUGAGAGAUUUAUAAAGAAAAGAUUAAAAGGUGAACGCCUUGGGUCAGAGACUAUGGGUAUGAGGGUAUUCAAAAAUACAUGUAUUGAGUUUUUCUUUGACCCAUUGAAUCUUAAAUAA